AUGUCCGAUCAACUUACUACCAUCAGUGCAUGUUUAGUCUCGUUUUCGCCGGAUAAUGGCUUCGUGGAUCUAGACAUUGAACCCGGUCUUCUCAAACUCCAAGAUCUUCGGACCAAAGGAAGCAAAUAUUUUUGCUCUGAAGCCGAAAUCAAGCAGUGCAGAAUCACGUUCCGUGGCGAUAAAGAGACAAAUGACGCCGAAUUCCAACUCAUAGUCCUUUACGACCACAAAUUACACGGAACUGAUAGGUGCCCAUAUCUCGCCUUCAAAACGAUUGACAAGGUAAUGACAAGCGUCGAGAAGGAAGACUACAUGGCAGUUAUCAAAUCUGUUGAUCUUAUGAAACAUAAAUUGCGUCCUUUUGAACAAGUUCAUGAAGGUUCAUCAACUUAA